AUUUGCCAGUUCCGGCUUCAAUUUCGGCAGAUAUUCCAACAAACCUUGGAGAAAUAUGCGGGGCAUCUGGGAGAAUCUUAUCAUUUCAAGUAGACUACCAAUGUACUGUAUGCGAUCGUUAAAGUUGUGAAAUAACCAAAUGAAGGCUGCACAGAAAGUCUAAAGGGAAGUAAAAAAUGGCAAAAAAUCUUUUAUCUGGUCCCCAAUUGACUCACCUCAAUUUCAGAAUGCACAGCCAGACCGUCCCUGCCAAGUAGGAGGCAGCAGUGGGCAUCACUCAUCUCCCGAAAAUCCAUGGUUCCCACCAAGAUCAGAAAGCUCUUGCCAACCCGCAUCAACAACUGCGCGGCAAGAGUGUACAUUCCCUUUUGCAUGGCUGCCUUGUAACAAUCAAAGGCGAUCAGUUCGAAGAAGAUGUUUUUAUCGUGCAGACAUUCGACGAUACUCUGGAUCAAUUCCAAACACGUGAGGUACUCGGAAGCCAUCAGAAGCUCCAGAAGUUGGGAGCACUCGCAGUGGACCACGUUGUGGGUCAUCCAAGCGUAGACGACCUCGAACCACUUGGCACUUAUCUUCUCUUCGGGCAAACUCACAAUGUCCCCGCUGUCGGAAUCCUCGAACAGCUUAGUGUAGAUCCGAAAAGCCUGAAGCUUGCACUUGUACUGCAUCUGCCCCAGUAGGAUCGUGAUUUCUGCAUCCGGGUUGCUCUGCAGCAUCGAUUCUGUCAUUUUUGGCUUCUGUCCGGAGGCAACAAAUGUAACACUCGGCACACAUUUCAUGGACUGUUGAUAUUUUUCAUAAAUAUAUGAGAAUGGAUGGCUGGGCACAGGAAAAACUUCCUGAGGAAUCCCCUGAUUGCGAAGAAAUUUAAAAAUGUUCAUGAUUCUAUACAAGCGUAAAAUAAAUUGAUGUGAUUCUUGAGAAGUGAUACUUUAGACUGGUGUAGCUAGGAGAGAAGCCAGAGUAUGUCUGAACGAAUUUAAAAAGGACUUGAACGCAAAUUGUAUUGAUUAAGUGACUAUCCAGACUAUCAAUAUUUAUAUGAAUAUUUUAAUUACGUUAUUGUCCCGCCAUUAAUAUUAAUAGGCGUGACUAAAGAAUUCUUACAAAUUAAUCAAGUGCAUUCAGUUGGCAUAUUGACAAUGUCCUCGCAUUCAUUUCCCCUCGCUGGGGGCUUCCGUGCGGUCGCUGGACGAUCCAAUUAAAAUUCAUUAAUUUGCCGCAUUAAAAUGGCAUUUAUUAAAUACCGAAACGGCCAAUUGGAUGAGGCAUUUAAGAGUCAUAAUUAUAGUUUUUAAUAGAAGUCAAGCUCGACUAGGUUAAUCACUGAUUCGAAAACAAUUAUUUACAGUCUGGACAAAGAGGUAGUGCAUUUCUAAGCAGUUGAAAAAUUUGAACAAAGGCCCAUCUUACCACAUUUACAAAACAAACUAGAGCCACUUUGCAUGUCUUUGCAACAUUUAGCAAAGCCCUGCAUAUAAUUACACUAACUCGUACACCCAUACACCCGUCCGUAUACACAAUAUGUCGUUGCAACUCUGCGCACUUCCGCUCAAAACCUUCCACUUCCGGCCGACAGUGCUUCGAAAAAGUACACAACUAGCCAGAAAUAGCCAAACUUUAUCCGCACAUUGCAUGUGCCACGCAAAUGCAAAUUUUAUGUACUUGCAUUCCUUUUUUCUUCUCCGCUGGUUUUAAAUUUUAUAAAAUUAAAUCCAAAAUACGAGGAGAAUGAGAAAAAUAAAAGGGAAAAGUGUGCCAUGGAUAUUAGAAAAAGGAUCGCAUCGGCUUCGGCAUUAUCGCCCUGUGAGUUAUGGCGUCAAAAAGCAAUCAAUUUUUAAUUUUGCGUUUAAUUAAAAAUGCAGGCGGGGCGCAAUUAAAAUUAUACCAUGCAUUUAACAUACGGCGUUGUCAUGAGCAACGGCGAUGGCGAUGUCGGUGCCACGUCGAAAGUUAGUCGCCGCUUAAAUGACAGUAACCAAAAUCUGGUUUUGUUGCAAUCAAUCAUGGCCGGGUCGAUGGGUGGCCGUUGCUCGCUCAGCAUCAUCGGUAAUUGGAAAUAGGUGGCAUCGUCAUCGUGAUUGCGCGGUCGUCGUGUCCGCAGCAGCUACACACACACAUGCAGACACCCUAGGACAUACGAGCACUCCACAGAUACAGAUACAGACAUAGAUACAUCGAUAUAUGGAAAAUGUUGCAACUGCGUUGCGGUUUCGGCCCUUGAAAGUUGGCCGCGGACAUCGUACCGUUCGCGGCACUGGGUUUAUUAGCAUGCCUCGGUGGCGUAUGAGUGAUAUUUCAAUAAUGAGCAUUCAAUAAAUUGACAAUAAUUAUCGCUGAACAUCAUAUAACCAAUUUGCGUCGCAUCCGGGUAAACGAUAUAUGUAUGUCUGGUCCUGGAAAAAGGUGAAGAGUGGUCCGAACUGAUUACACUGUCAAGUGGCGAUGACAAAUAUUGUCCAAUUGACAGAUUAAGCCAAUAAUGACAGCCAAACAGAGCAAAGAUUUCGACCACAGUCAAAUCACUUGCCAUUAAUUUUAUCCACGGGUGGUGAAAAAUGUGAUUACCCAAAACAGGGGCACGUCUGCUGCCUGGAAAUUAUACGGACAUGAAAUUUAAUCAUUCUAAUUUGUUAAAUUUAUGAAGUUUAUUGCUAGAGCAUAACAGGCACAAGUGCUAAAAGAUUUUUGGGGGGCUUUUAGUACACUUUACAAAAUAUACUUUGCUGUUAAAGUUUUUAAAUUUUAUGUUUAUUUAAGGACAAACUGGGAUGGAUGCCAAUUUCCAUAAAUCGCUUACAUACUUCAAUAAGCUCAAAGAUUAAUAUAUCAGAGAAGGGAGUUUUUUAUUCAGCAUGGCUUUCCUUUUUAUAUUUUCCUCUUUUUUCCACGCCGGACUACCCACCAACAUUACUUCCUCCCAGUUGGAUUUCAUGACGUUUUCCGCAGUGGCGGUUUUUUCCUCCAUCCACCAGCUUCUUCUGCCAUUGUUUUCCGCGCACAUGGAGCUUAGGCAUUUCCCCGGCUACGUGCGGAAAUGUGUCUAAAUUGUGUGUAAAAAUUUCGCCAUCGCGUUGUUAUUACAUUUUUUUGCGCCCCUCUUGGUCGGUUGGCUAGAUGGGGUGACACCAUAUGGCCCCGGCAGAUAAGGCUAAGUAAUUGAUGGACAUGGCCAGCAGACGGACUGGCUUUUGUAAGUGGUUCACUUAGGGGACCCGAGCUGCGUCAAAAAUAGAGGAAUCGAAAAUGAAUUUCUGAAAAAAUUGCAAGUUAAAGAGUCCUUAAAGUUGGGGCUUGUAAUUUGGAAGGAUAAUACAAGAGAAUACUCUCAACUUGAAAGGAAAUCUGAAAAUUUAAUUACCUCGCCCAAAUAGGAUUUCCGGAAUCCAGUCUAUAACUUUUAAACGUUUGCAAACCGAGGCCAAUUAUGCCCUACCGUUUCUGGGCCCACCGCAAUAUGGCUCCCCCAGGCCUCCCACCAACCUCGAAUAACAUUUUCAAUUACCAUUUUGGGCAACUCAGUUAGGGCCGCACCCCCUUAUCCAUAGCCAAGUUGAACUACGAAAUUGAGACAUGUUGUUUGAGUACAUUUUGUGGUUUUGCCCUAGUAGACGGACAUGGUUGGGGGAAUUUUCGUGUUUUGUGUAUGCAAUUUUAAAUGCACAUCGCAGCUCGCCCAACCGAUUCCAAGACUUCGAACCAACUGGACCAGCCAGGACCCCACUGGCUGGCCCGGUCAUGUAGCUGUAACGAGCCGCCUUUGUUUGCUAAAAACUUAUCAAGGCUAUGGUCUGGCCAUGGGCAAGUGGAAUGAGGAGUCCUGGGUAAACAACAAGCAAAUGUCUGCAAUGAUGAUCCUGCAGCUGUCUUCCUGAACAUUGCUUUCCUCCCAUUCCAACACUGUCCUGCUCAAUUUUUAUACAAACUGUCGAUUCUGGGUGGGCAGAAUCUCUCUCUCAGUUCUCUAUUCCGUUGGCUAUUGUCCUGGCGAAUGCCUGCCGUGGGAUGUGUGUGUGUACUUUAAAGGUCCUUGCCGGUCUUGCCAGUCACUUCCACAUGAUUGGGCAAUUCACAAUCUUUUUCAUAUGGUCACCCCGACUGUGUUGUCUAAGCCGAUGACUCAAUUAACUGCCAAACGUGCUUUGCAGCCUGUCAGAUGGAAAUUCUCGAACAGAGUAUAGAUAUCUGCUACCAAUUAGCCCACAUAAGCAGUGUGAAAAUUUGUACUUUAAAUAUUAAAUCCUUAGUCUUGAGCUCGCUUCCCACUAAAUGGAACGUGCAAAAUCCAGGGCCAGCAAAAAGCUGUCAUCGAAAGCAGAACAAUAAAUAUGCGCUGCUCAUGAUUAAUGAUUCGCACGCACAAAAAAGCACAACAUCGCCGUGCCAGAAGGACACCAAAGUUCUGGCCAACUUGAGGGCAGGAAGAAAAAAUAACAAAAACAAUAAUAAAGCAGCUAAGAGCAACAACUACUCUGUUUGGCUUUGCGGGCAGUGUAGCGUGUAUUAAGGGAAUUAAAAUGUUAUUACAUAAAACAAGAACAGCAAGCUCAAAAGGCGGUGGGUCAGGGUAGGUCAGUGGGAGGUCGGUGAGAUGAGGUGAGGUGGUUGCCAACAAGACACGAUGGCGACGCUGUUGCCACUGAUCCAGGAUAACGAUGUGAUAAUCACACCCAUCACAGCCACUCAGACCCCUUGGCAUAUGACAGACGAUGGCCGAGAGAAAAGCCCGGUCAGAUAACAACGCCAGGUGACUUGUACAUAAUUCCACCAAUUUUUCCAAGGAACUUAAUUUUACGCUUUUGAAUUUCCGAAAUGAAAGCUUGGAUCCCCGACAACCUUUGUCUGGCUUUAAUAAGUUUGCUUAGUUCCAUCCACAGAAAAGUGAGCCAGGCACUCGGCUGGCUUUAUUUUCUUCUUCAAGCUCUUCUAAAAUUUAUACAAGCAGGCGGUUCUGUCUUUUAUGCCAUUUUAAAUUGGGUUUUUUUAGGGUAUCCUUUGUUUUAUAUCGCUCUACGCGAGUCCUAAUAUUGGGAGUCGGCUUUGAAUUUUAAAAAAAUGCUUCUAGAAUCCAAAGUCGACUUGAGUAUUUUAUUGCAAAGAAUGGCAAAACUGGAAUAAAAAAAAAUUGAUGAGAAAUAUAAAUAUUUAUCCUAAUCUUAUGGUUAAACUAACAUAAUCUGAUCAAGAGGAAGGCACAAUUGUACUUGGGUGAGAUGAUGGUUGUUCUAAAAGAGAAAAGUAAAGAGUCUUUGUUGAAUUUCUUAUGUGGGACCUGGAGCCUUUGAGAAAAUGCAACUGUUACCGUACGAUAAUAUUACCUUGUCUUUUUUUUUUUGUAAAAUUUCAAGUGACUAAAAUGUGACCUUUGCUACAAAUUCUUGACUCUAAUUGAGCAAUUUUAUUUAUGGGAAUUGACAUCUGUUUUUAGGGUGGGAGCAUGACAAAAUGUAUACCAGAUGCAGAUUUCCCAGAUCCAGAGCGGGACAUACUUAUAAAGAUCUAGGGCAUAGAAAACUCUUAAAGAUUUAUAUUUCAAAGAUAAAGUUUCUGGAAAUCUUAUGAUGCUUAUGAGGUCCCGAGCUUUAUUCGUUUGCAUACUUUUCAUCCUGAGCUUAUUCACUUUAAAACUAAUACUGCAUUGGGGAGUCCUGCCACACCUGUGAUAAUGUGGGUCCUGUCCACAAUUUCCCACCCACAAAUCAGCAACUGCUCAUUCCCAAGACGUGCGAUUAAUUGUAAUUUUCUAAAUUUCUGGCUGGAGCAUAUAAAGGCUCAGGUCCAACUUCUACUCAUUAAUAGUCGACUCUUGUUCGAGGCAGAAUGCAGUUCGAAGAUUAUCUGAAGUAUCCUGACAUCGCCUGCCGAUGGUCCUGGGCCCGACGCUUGGAGUGGCCACGGCGUGGACAUGAGAAGAUUCCGUUCGAAAAAUUGCAAACAGUUUGUUACUAUCUCGGGAGCUUCUUUAUGGGUUAUCAGAAUAUCGGAGGGGUCGUUUACUGGUGCCUGUACGCUCUGAAGGCCAAGGAUAGCACCACUUUCAUAAUAGAAACAGCACAGGUUUUCGGCUCCCUAAUGCUCACCUGUGUGGGCUUUUCGAAAAUAUGGUGUUUCACCCGGCGACGACACCAGAUGGAACUUGUAAUGGCGGAAUUGCAUGAUUUGUAUCCCACAACCAGGAAGAGCUUUUACCGGCUCCAGCACCACUACGAUUGGGCCGAUCUUAUAAUGAAGUAUGCGAACCUAUUCUACUUUGCGUUCUACAUAUUCUAUAAUGGAUCCCCGUUGGUGUUGCUUCUGUGGGAGUACAUUACGGAUGACCAGAAUUUGAGUUACAAAACGCAGGCCAACGCCUGGUAUCCCUGGAAGGUGCGUGGCUCUGCAUGGGGAUAUGCCUUGGCUAUAUGGGUGUCUACUAUGGCUGGUAAUCUGGGCAUUUUCCUGACUCUCGCCAUUCUCAACAUUCUCUGCGUGUGUACUGUCCAGCUGGUGAUGCACUUUGAUGGACUGGCCACCCAACUACUCAGCCUCGACUCCCGAAAUCCACUAGCCCAUCAGGAGCUCAAAUAUCUGAUUCGCUACCACCGGCAACUAAUCGAUAUUUCAGACAAAGUUAAUGAAAUUUUUGACUCUAUUUUCCUCACGAGCCUGAUUUGUUCCACCCUUGCCAUUUGUAUGACUAGUGUGGCAGUCCUGCUUCUGGACUUGGCACCGGCAUUGAAGAACAUAAAUGGUCUCUUGGCGUUCCUCGUCUACCACUUCAUGAUGAGUUAUUUGGGCACCCAGAUCAACUUGGCGAGUGAAAAAGUUCUGCCAGCUGCCUUCUACAACAAUUGGUACGAGGGAGACCUUCCUUAUCGGAAGAUGCUGCUAAUCUUGAUGCUGCGAGCCUCCAAGCCUUACAAAUGGAAGACCAUUAAGCUAUCAGAAGUUUCGAUUUUGAACUACGUGGAUACAUUAAAGACUUCAUAUCAAAUGUAUGCCUGCGUUAGAUCAAUGAACUUGUAGUUUCAGAAAAAAAUAUAUUGUUAUAUUGUGAGAAUCUAAUAAAUAUCAAAAGGAUAUAGUUCAACCCAACUGAGACUUUAAACCGAACAUCUAAAUAUA